AUGUCCAAGUAUCCCGCCCUUGCAGAGCCCGUCACUCUCGGCGCUCUCCAGCUCCCCCAUAGGGUCAUCAUGUCCUCCCUGACCCGCAACCGCUCCCUCCCCACCACCGUCCCCAACGACGACAACGUCAAGUACUAUGCCCAGCGCGCCAACCCCGAAACAGGCGCAUCCCUCAUUCUCUCUGAAGGCACCCUCAUCUCCCACUAG